UGGCCGAAAACGCAAAACACACAUGUAUACGCGGUUCUCCAUUCUGUAUGUAUUCCCUGCAUUACGGUUUACACGGGGGGGCCGUGUUUCCGGCGUCUCCAUUCUAGCAUCGUUUUCAUCACUGUCAUUAGUUCGCAACUCGGUGAUGUGCGCGUGAUGCAUUUAUGUAUAUGUGAUAUUGUGUGCAUCGGAAAGCGUCAUAUAAAUAAGCGGCGAGCUCGCGAGCAAUAGCAUUCGCGAGUCUCGUCGCGGUCGGUCGAUUCGUCGACGACGUAAGCGGUUGCUGUGAUUCGUUUCCUUUACAGCGUCCUUCAACCCGAAAUGUCAUCACCUACAGAAGUGAUUAAAAGUAUUGGACCGAAAUUGGUGCCGUUUUUUAAAAGUGUGUCGGUAUAUUUUGUACUGCUCGCCGAACAGCCAUCUCUGCUAACGGCGUGCUUUAAAUGUUUGCCGAUAAUAAGUCUUAUUAUUUUCGUGCUGUUGCACGGGAUUAGCUUGUCGAAAGAAUAUGCUUUCUCCAGGCGUAUAUUAACGGGAUUGGUGUUCAGUUGCAUCGGCGAUGCACUGUUGGUGUGGCCUAACUGUUUUACAGCGGGGAUGUGUAUGUUCGCCGUCGCACAAAUUAUGUAUAUAAUCGCAUUUGGAUUCAAACCCCUGAAUUUAGCACUCGGCGCGGUGCUGUACACGUUCUGUUCAAUUGUCAUAUUUGCUUUGAUGCCCGGACUGACCGGGGUUUUAAAAAUAGGAGUGCCAAUUUAUACAGUAUUACUUACCACUAUGGCAUGGCGGGCCAUAUCAAGAGUACAGUUCUUUGGGGAAUUAUGGACGUGGACUAGAUUGUGCAGUUGCAUCGGAAGCAUUUGCUUUGUCAUAUCUGACACUUUGCUUGGAUUUAAUUAUUUCCAUAGUCCAUUACCUUAUUCUCAGGUGACCAUCAUGCUGACGUACUAUGCAGCGCAAUUAGGCAUAGCAUUGAGUGCGGUUGAUUCGAAAAAUAACAGUAAUAACAGAGUACCUGCCAGUAAAGGCUGAGAUAAUUAGCUUUAGUUGUAAUCUAUCAAAAAGAAUCUGCAGAUAUAUUACAAAGCGGACAGGAAAAAUCUUUUGACAUGUCUGCAUUAAACUAUAUGCAUAAUUCCAGUAGGAAAUUUGUUGUGAUAAUUGUCUUUGACAUGUUAAAUAUUGUACUUUGAAGCCAUAUAUAUUGAGGAGACUCAGUGGUGUUAUAGUGAUAGAAUGUGGUACUUUUUAACUGUAAAGAGUAGACUUAUAUUUCUUUUUGUAUUAGUUAAUGCAAAGAAAGAUGUCCUAUAGAGAUUUCAUACUGACCACAUUUGUGGUUUUCCUAUUUUUUGUAUCUAUAAAGGAAAGAAUUAAGAAAUUACUGUUAAGAAUGAACGAACAAAAUAGAAUUGUUAAAGAAAAUUCUUUAGCAAAAGUAUGACGCUUUAUUGUUUCUAUUGAAAUAGAAAAAUUAUUUUGUAGCGUUGUUUAUAAUGAUCAAGAUUUUUAGGCGUGAAAGAAAGAUUAUUAGUAUGUUAGAUCGUAUAAAAUGUUUCUUAUAUAUUUAUGUAUGUAAGAAUCUCAAAAUUAGAAUAUUACUAUUGUAAUUGUAACAUUAUUUCUCAUUUAACUCGGGCCAAAAUGCAAUAGUCUAUUUGCAAUAUAUCGCGAAUGGCAAAUAUAUUAGAUACUAUUAUUGUCCACAAGGAAAGAUAUUGUUGUAUAAAUAUGUUAUAUAUAUAUAUAUAUAAAUUACAUUCAUCGACGUAUACAGGGUGUUUUAUUUUAAAUAAUGCAUCUAAGUACUUCGAAAAUGACGACGAUAUUUUAGGAAAUAAGUUUUAGAUGAAGGUUGUACAGUUCCUAGAAGGAUAGUGACUUCAUUUCGAAUCAAAGCCAAGUCAAAAUUUAAAUUUUUGAAAUUAUAUUACAUAUCUUUUUGACAUUUUGGCAGUCGCAACUUCUAAACUAAAACAUCCCAAAAGUAUCUUGUUUUCAAAAUAUUUAAAUGCAUUACUUAAAAUGGGAUAUCCUGUAUAUGUAUAUGUAAUAAAUAUUAUCAUCUUUCAAUGUAAACUAUCAUCUUACUGAGAGAAAAUUGCAAUAUAGCUAUAAAUUGUAUAAAACAUAUUCUUUAUAUCAAUGUAAUCUGUAUUAUGCACUAUUGUAUAUAUAUAGAUGUGCCGUACGAUGUAAUUUGUCUUUAUUAUAACUUGCAUUGUUGACACUGCCACAUUUUUUGGCAAAAUAGAGAUUCAACAAUUUAUAGUGGAUUUAGUUAAUAUGAAUUUAAGUUUUUCUAAAUGAUGGAAAAAUAAUGUUUAUAAAUCUACAAAAAUUAAAUU